AGUUCACCAAGAUGGCGCUGCGUUGUUGUGCCGGUCUGGGCCGGGCCCAUGUGAGGACAUGCCGGGCUCUCCUCGCCAACUCACCCUGCAGAAACCUCAACCUGCACGUUCUGGAAGGACACAGAAGCCCGGCGGUCCAUCUCAGCUGGAGAUCUACCUCUACUAACAAGCAGAAAGACAAAGAGGAGCCUGGCACGUCGUCUAUGUUAUCCCUGUAUGUGAGACUGAAUGAGAGGAUAGGACAGUUGUUACAGAGAACACACCCCACCGCUGGCAAGGUUUAUGUGCAAUUUAUCAAUGGUGCUGUUCAGUCGUGGAGAGAGGGGAAAACUGCAGUCGGCAUCAUGAGACACAAACACACCCUGGGCAGGGACUACAGCAGGCUCACCUGGAGGGAGAUUGACAGCUGUCGACAGUUCAAACUGGAUGUGCUGAAGACAUUACCUGUGUUCCUGGUGGCCUCACUGCCGUUUGUAUGGCUGCUGGUCCUACCACUCAUUUACUUUUACCCCCAGCAGCUGUUGUCGUCCCAGUUUUGGUCAGCAGGGCAGAAGGUGACUUUCUUCCACAGUUACCACAUGGAGAGAGCAGCGUACUAUCCCAGUAUUGUACAGGCUCUGCAGAGAAAACUGCCACGUGUGGGAGACUCCAGAGAUAGAACCAAACUAGAAGAACUGUGCGCAAGUACAUUACGAGAGGAGAGUCCCUCCCCUGCUGCCAUCCUGAGAGUCCGCCCCACAUUCUCACAUCCUGGUCUUCACUUCAACAGACUGUCCAGGACACAGCUGGGUUAUCUGAGCCGAGUGCUGCUGUUGAACCCGUACCUCCCCAAGUCCCUGCUGAGGAGACGUCUGCUGAAGCACCUGGAGGAUGUCCACGCCAUGGACCAGGGGAUCCAGCAGGAGGGAGUCAGUCAACUCACCACACAGGAGCUACGCAAGAUGUGCUAUCUGCGGGGAGUGGCCAGCAUGACGUGGUCCAGACAGGUGUGUAUGGAGUGGUUGACACAGUGGGUCCAGAUAUCUACACAGCUACAAGCUUCAGAGUUAUGUCUACUUGUCCACUGUAUGGUGUUCUUAUCUACUGGACACUCCCACGUCAAGUGAGCACAACUUCCCCAGAACGUCAAUUUGAAGUCAACACAACUGGUUUAUUUGUCAACAAAGCCAGAUCGAUCCCCUAGUAGAGGGAUAAAUCUCUUUGAGUACUGUAGUGGACAAUUGAGAUCUCAUCACAAAGGACAAGACCAAAAGAGAGCUGGAAGAGCUCUGUCCCCACAAGAAGAGACUCCAAAGAGAACUGCUGUAGAUUCCUUCUUGACACCGAAGGUUGGACCCCCUCAGAUACCAUCAAUUGUUUUGAACAAUAGAUAAUUAAAUGGGGGUUAGCGUCUAACCCUAACAAUGACAUAAAAACAACAUGGCAGCCAUGUUUUCACAGGUGAUUUUUCAAACAAUGGAAAAUUAUGUAAGAAAUGUAUGAUGUCAAAAAAGAGACUUGUAAGAGACUGCAGGAGAUCUGAGAUAGAAUUUGGGAGAACAAUACCUAAUCCAAAGAGAACUGCUGAGGACAAUUGUCUGCUAGAGUACUCAAAGAGAUUUAUCCCUCUACUACUAGAGAACCAACAAUAAUCAUGCAGGACGUUAAGUACUCCCAUAGCCUGCUCAACUGUUCUUUCAACAGACCUGUUUACAGUUGUGGAAAAGUUGGAUAGUAAAGAAUGUUGACCAAAAUAUGUUUUCACUGUUACAUUACACAAGAUGUUAGUUGGGACCAGUUUUUGAGGGGGUCUAUGUCUUCUUUCUAACAGGUUGUACAUUACAAGUACGGUGUCCGUCAUAGAACACUAUAACAGUUAACUUAAUAAACCUGUCCAGUUCCCCUGACAUACAUGUAAAAUGUUGUUUAAGAACUGAUGAAAGAAAUUUAAAGAAAGUUACUGUCCUGGCAUGGGUACUACGUAGCAAAAAAAUGUUCAUGUUCACAUGAUAACCUUUUAUUACUAUAUACUAAUAGAAACAUGUAUUAAGGAUAUUACAUGUACAAUGUAUGUCAACAUGCAAUGUAUAAUCUUUCUCUUGUCGCCUCUUGAUUUGACUCUGUGCAAUGCAGUAAAUUCACAAUCAUUACACCUACAUGUACAAUGUAUGUGUUCUUUGUUACCUCCAUUAAAAAUGGAAGUAUUUUGUAUGUGUCUGUGUAUUUACGCCCAUUUGUAGUCAUCAUAACUUCAGAACGCCUUUAUGGAUUGUGAUGAUAUUGGUAUGUUGGUAGCUUGUACUAGUAAGAUCAAGGUUAAAUAUGGGCCUCCUUGUGUCUGACCUUGGUACUGCAGCAGAACUCAUUUU